CGAUGUCGCCGGCCGGCCGCCAGUCGAUCGCGGGACGUCUCUUGAACGGCACGUGUGCCGCCGCGACACCAACACUUGUCGCGAUCGUAAAAGCGCGCGCCGUCAACAAACUGUAACAACACUUUUCGUUGCGAUCGUAUACAUGAGCACGGCGCUUGGCGCCCGAACUUAUCUCCACCCAAAUUUGUUUAGAACAAAAUGUGCUGGAUUUAUGUGCCUCUUUCUAUAGUGCUUGAACAGGUGCAGCCCGCCAGCGGCAGAUAGUGUUGCGGUCAGACCGCCAGUGAACUCAGUGACUGUGUGAACGUUGUUUCGGUUGAACGCCGUCGUAGGGAUUUGUAAUAAGCAGCCGCUACGUGCGGCCGAGCAUGACGAUGGAUCAGCAGACAGGCCUCAUGUCCCUCAACAUGUCCCCAUUCGAUCUAAGUCCGGGACCAGAAGGUUCGGGCUCGGGCAGUGGACCCUCGGGAGCCUCACAACAAUACGUGCCGCAAGGCGCCGCAUACCAAUGCACAUCAGACCCGCAGCCUUUUGCCUACGCUAAUUUGGAUGCUUCAUAUCUGUUCCCAACAGGUGCCGGAGGUGAGCCCGGGGCCUACUUACCCACAGCUGGUACUGUGUGUGAUCAAACUGACACAAAAGAUGUGAUUGAAGAACUUUGUCCCGUAUGCGGUGACAAAGUGAGUGGAUACCACUAUGGGCUGCUCACUUGUGAAUCAUGCAAAGGGUUCUUCAAAAGGACCGUGCAGAAUAAAAAGGUGUACACAUGCGUUGCUGAACGCGCGUGUCACAUUGAUAAAACACAGAGGAAACGAUGUCCCUUCUGCCGUUUCCAAAAAUGUCUGGACGUCGGAAUGAAAUUAGAAGCCGUGCGAGCAGACCGCAUGCGAGGUGGUCGCAACAAAUUCGGCCCAAUGUACAAACGCGAUCGCGCCCGCAAAUUACAAAUGAUGAGGCAAAGACAGAUUGCCGUGCAGACACUUCGCGGUUCGCUCGGAGACAGCGGGCUAGUUCUGGGAUUCAGCUCGCCAUAUGCCUCGGUGCCUGUGAAGCAGGAGAUUCAAAUACCACAAGUGUCAUCGCUGACGUCUUCACCGGAGUCAUCCCCUGGGCCGGCGCUGUUGGCCACCCAGCCGCAGCCCCCUCAGCCGCCGCCGCCGCCGUCGCACGACAAAUGGGAAACCCACUCGCCGCACUCGGCCUCACCGGACGCCUUCGCCUUUGACACACAAGCCACCGCAGCCGCGACCCCAUCCAGCACCGCUGAAGCCACAAGCACAGAAACUCUCCGAGUCUCACCCAUGAUCCGGGAAUUCGUCCAGACCAUUGACGACCGAGAAUGGCAGAAUUCCCUCUUUGGCCUUCUGCAGAGUCAAACUUACAACCAGUGCGAAGUCGAUCUCUUCGAGCUAAUGUGCAAAGUUCUCGACCAAAAUCUGUUCUCGCAAGUCGACUGGGCGAGGAACACCGUGUUCUUUAAGUAUUUAAAGGUCGACGAUCAAAUGAAGCUCCUGCAACACUCGUGGUCCGACAUGCUGGUGCUGGACCACCUGCACCAGCGCAUGCACAACGGCCUGCCCGACGAGACAACCCUGCACAACGGCCAGAAGUUCGAUCUGCUGUGCUUGGGCCUCCUCGGCGUGCCCUCCCUCGCCGAGCACUUCAACGAGCUUCAGAAUAAACUCGCAGAACUCAAAUUCGACGUACCUGACUACAUCUGUGUCAAAUUCUUGCUACUGCUUAACCCUGACGUGAGGGGUAUCGUAAACGUGAAAUGCGUGCGCGACGGCUACCAGACGGUACAGGCUGCGCUUUUGGAUUACACGCUCACCUGUUAUCCAACGAUACAGGAUAAAUUUGGCAAAUUGGUCAUGGUGGUGCCAGAAAUCCACGCCCUCGCGGCCCGAGGGGAGGAGCACCUGUACCAGCGGCACUGCGCCGGGCAGGCCCCCACACAGACGCUCCUCAUGGAGAUGCUGCACGCCAAACGCAAGCCAAAUGGAGGCGAGAUGGUUAACCGGAGUGCUGAGCACACAUCAACUUUAGACCGAUUGUGCGGUGGUUUCCUGCCAAACGACACGAUUGAGCCGCAUUCUCCUAUAUAAUCUUGAAACACCAGUGACGGGGAGCAGGUCGUCCACGCGAUCGAGACUCCCCCAUCAAGCGAGAUAGCUUCUACAAAAUAUUACUUAUUGUUAAUAUAGAUUUAGAUGGUAACUUGGUGUGUGAUUAAGCAUAUAAGUUAUUGCCGAGCGCCGGCGUCGCCGCGCGCGCCUAGUCCCAUACAGUUAUACAAAUUAUUUAUCUGCCUAAUCUGUGUAACAUAUGCAAAUAUUUAACGUUCCGUUUCGCGUAGCUACGGUUUAUUUAUUGUGCAGUCUAUGUAUCGUUGUAUCAAAAUUGUGUAAGUACCGAUUUUAUAUUAGCUCGUCUUAAUUCCGGUGCGUAGUGAAAGGGAAAAAUAUUACUAUACAUAUUUUAGGAAAACGUCUGUGAUUUUUAUCGAAGAAAAUUGAUGAACCAUUUUAAUGUUAGUUGUGUGAUGUAUAAAUGUUAGUGUUUAUAUCGCUUUACCUAACUACGUGCGGGCCCGCGCAUACCUUUCAACUAAUUACUUACUACAUUACUGUUAUAAAUACACGUUUAAUUCUCCUUUUUAAGUAAUGCACUAUGGUUGAGCAUAUAGUGAGCGGUCACGUGUCUAGGUGAAGUAUGAAUUGUUAAAGUAGUUAUUGGGCUGAAUAUAUUUCAGAUUUUAUUAAGAGUUGAUAUUUUAACAUAAAAAUCUCUAUGUAUUAUCACUAUAAUAUACUAAUAAGGACUAAGUAAUUAAUGAUCGCAAUGAGAUCGUGUUUAAAGUUUACAUUUGUUCAUCGAUGUUUUAAAUUUAAUCUAAAUGUUGUAUAAAAUUUAAUGAAAUAUAUAUAUAAAUAUAUAUUAUCGGCCGUACCAGUACAAAUGAGUAUAUACUUAUAAUCUUUGUAAAUAUUAUAAAAUAGCACAUAACAGUGAUUUACGCUACUUCUAUUGUUGUAAUUAUGUAAAAUAUUUCUGAACAUACGUGCAAAAGCCUUAAAAAUCAUAGAUUUUUAAAAAAAGAUGGGUACUAGCGUCAAAUGGCCUGCGGCCGAGGAGACAAUGUAUUUUUAUACAGCAUAUUGUUCUUUAUUAACAUAUAUAAUAUGUUAACUGAAAGUACAUUAUUUCGUAUUUUUCUAACAUAUAGUGUAAUGUAAUCGAAAAUUUUGGUCAACUUGUAAAGUGGAAAAGGAUAUUGUAUUUAAUUAUAGUUAAACCGUUAACAUUAUUUUAUAUAUUAUAUCUCGUAUGUACAUAUGUACGUUGCAAAUUUGAUUUGAAAACGUUUUAUUUUUGUAUUCAUUUGUCGGAUAAGGUGUGGACGGCCGUCGGCCUGCCUCCGUGAGCGAACGCAGGAGGGAAGCGGGCCUGGGCCGGAAACGAAAAGAUUUUAGUUAAUGUGAUCGACGGUUUGUUUUGGAGUCGUUAUAAAGUUUAGUUUACCCAUUAAUUAUUGCACCAAGUGCGUAUCUACGGUAGGCCGCAUCAACGAAAAGUACAUAUUAGACGUUAUUGAUUAAUAUUUCUUCAUUAUUUUCCUCUCGUGGCUCUUAAGCUUUUGUAUUUAUAUAGAUAGAAAGGUUAUGGUACCGCGUUUGUCUAUAUACCGUCCAGUCAACUGAAAUUUAUUAGUCAAAAACGUGUUUAACGUGUUGAUUCCGAUGAAUUGCGGAUUUAUUUGUAUCAUUUGUUGGCAUUCAUUGGUACACUGAUACCGGUUCGGGGAGGUUCGGCUUUACACGGUUAUUGGAUCAAAGCAUACGUCUAAAUCAAUUAUUGAAAGUUCCUUAUAAUGUUGUCGGUACGUUUUUAUCAAUAGUUACUUAUGAAUGUUUAUCGAUAUUGACUUUGAAAAUAUUCGAAAUGUGAAUAUUCCACUAUUUCAUUUCCCAUAUUAUACGUAUUAUGGUUUUUUUUUUACAUGAAUUAGUAGAAUUGUUUUGAUUAUACAGAUUUAUGGAAACGUUAGAAGUCGACACAAAGAAGCGGAAACCCCAUUGUAUAUGUAUAUAUAUAUAUCUGAACUCUUGAAGCUGUGGUGUAGCAAGUGUAUUAUUGUAGAAGCAAGCGCAGGCGACCGUUACCACUCUAGUGGCAUAUUACAAGUAAUUUAGUUUCAGUUAACGCUUAGAGAGGUCUGUUCGAAGAGAACACAGCUUCGUGAACGCUUUAUGGGAGGCAAAGCUGAUCUGUGAUGGUAUGACGUAGUUAGGUACUUUGAAGGCUGUGGGUCUGUCCAAACUUUGGCAAACACGUUAUUUUCUGUCCACUGCAAGUGUUUACCCUUCGGAGUGUAGUAAUUUGACGCGUUUUGCACUGCUCGAGCGACUCUUCCUACUUCAUUAUAUUAGUUUUGUGCUCUGCGCACACGUUACCAUUUCUACAGUAUUUUUAAUUAUACACUAAUGCUUUGUAUCACGUUUUCGUAAGACAUUCGAUUUAACAACAGAUUCUCUGAUACCUAAUCGACUACUAAUGAAUUAUUAUCUAUGUAAAUCCUUUAUACAAUUUAUAUUAAAUGACAACUUGGAUGUUUAUAGAUGAAAUAUUUAAUAGCAUCGCAGUAUUUAAUUGUAUAGGUGUAUAAAUAUGACCAUGUAUAUAUUUCAAAACAGAUAUAUGAAUAGUAUUUUAAUUAGUUGUACGUAUUGAAUGGAAUAUUGUGUGGGUAACCCGCGUCAGCUACAAAUCAGAGUCGUGUGCCAUUAGUUAAGUCCUGUACAGGGUCCGCGGUGGAGUCCCAUCUCUGAAGCCCUCUCGGUGGCUCGCGAUCGCUCGCGGCAGGAGAGUAGACAAUAACAGCUCUAGGGUGCCAGUGUUCAUUCUAACUUUAAUUAGACGAUCCAAACGCCACUUUAUUUUACCCGCUUUACUAUACUUGGAUUACCUAUGAUUUUAAUAUUUAAUCGAUCGAUAUAGAUUAUAAAUAGUUUAUGCUUGUAACGUUAAACUACUGUGUACGCGUAAGUUAGGUUGUAAUAUACAGCGUAUGUUGUAACUAGUGUUUUUGUAAGUAAUAUCUAUAUUUAUGAAUUAUAAUAAGUGUUUUAUAACGUCGAGCGGCACGAACGGUGUUUCUUGGUACAUGUACAUUUCGUUUCGGUGGUGAGGAAUACAGAUGCAUAGCAAAUAGGCGUUGGUAACUCGCGGUGUGAUGCGGUUGGUCGGGAUGGGGCGGCUGUUUGUUCGCUCAGAUUCGUUCGUUGGUGCCGGCCGCGUGCCGGGACGUGCACUUCACGAGAUCUCUUCGCUGGCUAUGCAUCGAACAGCAUACAGCACGUCGAAUAUGGAUUAUCCGUAACAUUUCAUGUAUCAACUUCACUGAGGCCGUGUAGUGUUUAGUUAGUCUCGCAGGCCCGCGAGGAGAUCGCGUGCGCACAGUGCGCACAGCGCGCACAGUGCGGCGCGCCGAGGCGGUGGCACAGUCUCAUCAUCACACUCUCACUGGACGGUAAACAAUUUGACGCCGAGUUAUCGAUGGCUGAGUGGUCGUAUGCGUCAGACACAUUCCAAAAUAACACUAAUCAUAACAUAAUAACGCGCGUCAACAAACGCGUUACAAUUUGUAAGUUAACCACUUUGUUGUUCAUUAACGAUAAGUUAGUUUUAAUCUCAGUCGAUGUUGUUUACUUUAGUUUGUGUAUAGUAUUUUCAUUUAAGUUAAUGUGAGGACGACGUGAAUUUGAGCGAAUCGACAGGCCUAAGCCUGGGUUCACACUAGCUGUAAAUUUAUGAACCUAAGUGAUUUUUUCUGUUGCACCUUAGUUUGUUUCGCGAGCCGUGUUAGUUAUAUGAUAUCAUCAUUGUACAUAUAGAUAGGGCGAGGUACACAGAAUUCAAUUAAUGUUGUUAAAUUUAAUGAUGGCGCUGACAGAAUACCACUGUAACAUUGUCGCAUUCGCUGUUUAUACAUAACCGAUACGAUAGACACAUAAUUAGGUACUUCUGUUCGUUAUAAGUGUUAACUGUUGUGGACCUUAGUCCCUCGAUGUUCUCUAAUUGGUUAUUGUACGGCCUCCGUGAGUCGAACCGCUCCUCACGACGGGAGGAACACACCCUCGCAUCUCGGUCGCACGACCGCUGUAAUUGUAUAAAAUAAGUACACAAAGUUCUGCCCGUAAGGCACAUUGUAAGGCUGCUCCUUUGUUAACUGAACGUUUGGACGUAAUGUACAAAACUUCUAUCUACCUUAUACAUCACUUCAGACAUCACGCACUGGUUUUCUCCGAAACGUCGUAGCGUUCAUCGAUCACAGCACCCCCAUAAUGGCUAAUUAAUUAUUUAAUGUAAAUACUAAGGUAAUCCGCGUCGAGUUAUACAUAUCGGUAAAGUUGUGAACGCUUCAGUUAAAAGAUGAGCAACCGCGAUAUAGUAGCCGCAGUUGUACCGUGUCAUUACCUCACAUAUUAACGUCUUUUUGUACAUUUUAAAAUAGUUAUUGUUAUCGCUAAAUCUUUAUUGUCUUCAUUAUGUUUCGAGGUGUUAAGUUAAAAACUGCAUACGCGAGAUCUAUUUUUAGAUGUCCACUUAGAUACAUAUAUGUGGCGGUGUAAAGAUGUCGCCCGCGCAUUCAGUGUAUUUAUUUUCAUGGUGUUUAAUAAAUAUUGUGAGACGCACGACGCGUCGGCGACGGAGGACAGCGCCCGUCGUCGCCCGUUAUUGUAGAAAUAAAUAAUAUUUUCGUUUAAA